AUGCCUGGAGACAGAGAUGACGAGAUUUGUCAAAAGGCACUUGAACUCCUGUCAGACCUUUGUUCGAAGGGGGAAGUGCAGAACGAGAACUGCCUGGAUUUUAUCUACUAUUUCCGAGACCUUGCCAGGCCACGCUAUACGGAUUCAGACAUAUCAGUGAGUCUGCUGUCACUGGUAGUGACUGCCUGUGGCUUGGCCCUGUUUGGGGUCUCCCUCUUUGUCUCCUGGAAACUCUGCUGGAUACCAUGGAGGGAGCGUGGGCUCUCCCCCACCACCAAGGAGGCCCAUGGGCACCUCAACCCCACCAUGAGCCCUCUGCCCUCGCAGCCCGCACCCAGACAGCCAGUUUACACAGCCGUGGACCCCCCGACGCCCACGCCUGAGGCAGCUAUGAAGAUAAGUCACACAUCUCCAGACAUCCCGCUGGAUGCCCAGAGUAAAAGCCGGGAAAAUGGGGUUCACACCACCCCACGUAUGCAGAGACAGACCACUGAACCCCCACCGUCUGGUCGCUCAAUACAAGGGUCCAUUCGCAGACAUAUGAACCUAUCUAACCCAGACUUCAACGUGGCCCAGUUCCAAAGGCAGGACUCCCUCACUGGAAUGGGGCUGGGCCUCGGCCGUCUCAAACCAGAGCUCUACAAACAGCGCUCCCUUGAGGGAGACGAAGGCAGUCGCAGAGGAGGAGGCUGUGGACGCCUCCACUUCAUCCUCAAAUUUGACUGCGACCUGGAACAGCUAAUAGUGAAGAUACACAAAGCAGAGGACCUCCCUGCUAAGGACUUCUCGGGUACCUCUGACCCUUAUGUUAAAAUCUACCUGCUGCCUGAUCGAAAGACCAAGCACCAGACCAAGGUGCAUCGCAAGACGCUGAACCCUGUGUUUGAUGAGGUCUUCCUGUUUCCUGUGGCGUACUCUGAGCUUCCCACACGUAAGCUGCACUUCAGUGUCUAUGACUUCGACCGCUUUUCACGUCAUGACAUUAUUGGCCAAGUGGUUGUGGACAACUUCCUGGAUCUGGCAGAUUUCCCCAGGGAGACAAAACUCUGCCGGGACAUCCAGUAUGUCUCCUCGGAUAAUGUGGACCUUGGGGAUCUGAUGUUUUCGCUCUGUUACUUGCCAACUGCAGGCAGAUUGACUAUUACCAUGAUAAAGGCUCGUAAUCUCAAGGCCAUGGAUAUCACUGGUGCAUCUGACCCAUACGUGAAAGUUUCACUAAUGUGUGAUGGUCGCAGGCUGAAGAAGAGGAAGACAUCGACGAAGAGGAACACUUUGAAUCCAGUCUAUAAUGAGGCCAUUGUCUUUGAUGUCCCUCCAGAAAACAUAGAGCAGAUCAGCCUUUUGAUUGCAGUGAUGGACUACGACCGCGUAGGCCAUAAUGAGGUCAUUGGUGUGUGUCGAGUCGGCAACGAUGCAGACAACCUCGGACGAGACCAUUGGAGCGAAAUGCUGACAUAUCCCCGAAAACCUGUCGCCCACUGGCAUCCUCUUGUUGAGGUGAGGUGA